CCAGCCGCCGACACCAGGGCCCCCCAGGCGCUGCUUUCUCCAGCCCGAGCCGCCUGGGGGAGGUAGGGAGGGGAGCCAGGGAGCGCGAGAGGGGACCGCACACCUAGACACUUAGGAUUUUAUUUAUUCACAGGGAGGCGGGGGAGGGGAACUGGGCGAACGCGAAUUUUCUCCUCGAAGUUGCCUCUUCUAAGCAGAUCAAGUCGUUUUCAGGCUGGUGCUGGGGGCUCCGGGGAGGGUGCCGGUGAGGUCCGGGCUCUCGAGACCAGAUCCCGUCCCGUGUGCAGAGGGGGUGAGGAAGGGCGGACGGGCCGCAGCUGUCGAGAGGGCCGGGAACCGGCAGGGAAGGGCCCGCGGGCCGGGGAGCAGCGCGGCUCUGUCCCGGGCCCUCCAACGCAGGCCGGGGAGCGCAGGGGCCGGCUGGUCACGCGUGGGAAAGAAAGCCCCCUUCCCCCUACGGCUCUGCUCCCCUUUCCCCAGGCUGGGCCACCAGAGAGUGCGUGCAGGGAGAGCUGCGAGUCCCCGCGCGCGUAAUCAUGACCUCGGGGCCCCCUCCGGGCCGCGUGAGCGCGUCGGCGAGGCUGGGCGGCCGCCGCGGCCCCGGCCGUGUAACAUGACCCGAGCGGCCGGCCGGCCGGCGCGGCGCGGCCAUUGAGCCCUCCCUGCCCAUGAAUCUCUGGCGCGUCUCUAGCUCGCUCGCCCGCUCGCCUCCCGCCUCCCUUUCUCCCCCUCCAGCUCCGCGGGCUCCGUGCGCCUCUCCCUCUCCCUCCUGGUCCUCCCGCUGCCCGUCUCUCUCCACUGCCCGCCUCUCGCCACUGCCUCCCGUCUUCUCUCCCUCACGGCAGCCUCCGUCUCUUUCUCCCUCUCUCCUUUGAAAACUGAUCUUUGGCUCUUAGUGUGAAAGUGAUUUGAAUUUGGCUCGGCGGCGCUCUGCGCCUGCGCCCAGCCUCUGGCAUGCUGGCUCCUUCCAAGCAGCUGUUUUGGGUUUGAAAUUCCAACAUGGCAGAGGCUGCAGUCCGUCUUCCCUUCAAAAACUUGGAAUGAUUUCAAAUCAUAGGCACCUUCACUUAACCCUAGCUUCCAUUCAUCAGCAAACACAUCGGAUCGAUGCUACGCUAACCUAUUGGGUUCUCUCUCCGCGCGUUCAGGUUAAAUGAAUACCUGACGAAAGGGCCCACGUUUCAAGGCAGUGACAUUUGAUAGCUGAGAGGAAAAGUGGCUUUAAUGAAAAGCAACCUUUGGAAUUCCUGCUUGUGAGAAAUCCAAUUCAGCUUUUUGUGCUGCCAGCAAGAAAUGAUCAGUAGCACCAGUGUUUAUGGCUUGAAGAUGCAGUGGACGCCAGAGCAUGCCCAGUGGCCAGAACAGCACUUUGACAUCACCUCAACCACUCGGUCUCCUGCCCACAAAGUUGAAGCCUACAGAGGUCAUCUGCAGCGCACCUAUCAGUACGCCUGGGCGAAUGAUGACAUAUCUGCUCUGACUGCAUCCAACCUACUAAAAAAAUAUGCAGAGAAGUAUUCCGGCAUUUUGGAAGGUCCUGUGGACCGACCCGUACUCAGCAACUAUUCGGACACACCAUCAGGACUAGUGAACGGUCGGAAAAAUGAAAGUGAACCCUGGCAGCCUUCCUUGAAUUCAGAAGCUGUUUAUCCCAUGAACUGUGUUCCGGAUGUUAUCACUGCCAGCAAAGCUGGAGUCAGUUCAGCCCUCCCUCCAGCAGAUGUCUCUGCGAGUAUAGGGAGCUCUCCUGGGGUAGCCAGCAACCUGACAGAACCUAGUUAUUCAAGUAGUACCUGUGGAAGCCACACUGUACCCAGUCUUCAUGCAGGGCUCCCAUCUCAGGAAUAUGCCCCAGGAUACAACGGAUCAUAUUUGCAUUCUACUUAUAGUAGCCAGCCAGCACCUGCACUUCCUUCACCUCAUCCGUCUCCUUUGCAUAGCUCUGGGCUACUCCAGCCCCCGCCACCACCUCCUCCGCCACCAGCCUUGGUCCCAGGCUACAAUGGGACUUCUAACCUCUCCAGUUACAGCUAUCCGUCUGCUAGCUAUCCUCCUCAGACUGCUGUGGGGUCUGGGUACAGCCCUGGGGGGGCACCGCCUCCGCCUUCAGCGUACCUGCCUUCAGGAAUUCCUGCUCCCACCCCCCUACCCCCCACCACUGUUCCUGGCUACACCUACCAGGGCCAUGGUUUGACACCUAUUGCACCGUCGGCUCUGACAAACAGUUCAGCAAGUUCUCUCAAAAGGAAAGCUUUCUACAUGGCAGGGCAAGGAGAUAUGGACUCCAGUUAUGGAAAUUACAGCUAUGGCCAACAGAGAUCUACACAGAGUCCUAUGUACAGAAUGCCCGACAACAGCAUUUCAAACACAAAUCGGGGGAAUGGCUUUGACAGAAGUGCUGAAACAUCAUCCUUAGCAUUUAAGCCAACGAAGCAGCUAAUGUCCUCUGAACAGCAAAGGAAAUUCAGCAGCCAGUCCAGUAGGGCUCUGACCCCUCCUUCCUACAGUACUGCUAAAAAUUCAUUGGGAUCAAGAUCCAGUGAAUCCUUUGGGAAGUACACAUCGCCAGUAAUGAGUGAGCAUGGGGACGAGCACAGGCAGCUCCUCUCUCACCCAAUGCAAGGCCCUGGACUCCGUGCAGCUACCUCAUCCAACCACUCUGUGGACGAGCAACUGAAGAAUACUGACACGCACCUCAUCGACCUGGUAACCAAUGAGAUUAUCACCCAAGGACCUCCAGUGGACUGGAAUGACAUUGCUGGUCUCGACCUGGUGAAGGCUGUCAUUAAAGAGGAGGUUUUAUGGCCAGUGUUGAGGUCAGACGCGUUCAGUGGACUGACGGCCUUACCUCGGAGCAUCCUUUUAUUUGGACCUCGGGGGACAGGCAAAACAUUAUUGGGCAGAUGCAUCGCUAGUCAGCUGGGGGCCACAUUUUUCAAAAUUGCCGGUUCUGGACUAGUCGCCAAGUGGUUAGGAGAAGCAGAGAAAAUUAUCCAUGCCUCUUUUCUUGUGGCCAGGUGUCGCCAGCCCUCGGUGAUUUUUGUUAGUGACAUUGACAUGCUUCUCUCCUCUCAAGUGAAUGAGGAACACAGUCCAGUCAGUCGGAUGAGAACCGAAUUUCUGAUGCAACUGGACACUGUACUAACUUCGGCUGAGGACCAAAUCGUAGUAAUUUGUGCCACCAGUAAACCAGAAGAAAUAGAUGAAUCCCUUCGGAGGUACUUCAUGAAACGACUUUUAAUCCCACUUCCUGACAGCACAGCGAGGCACCAGAUAAUAGUACAACUGCUCUCACAGCACAAUUACUGUCUCAAUGACAAGGAGUUUGCACUGCUCGUCCAGCGCACAGAAGGCUUUUCUGGACUAGACGUGGCUCAUUUGUGUCAGGAAGCAGUGGUGGGCCCCCUCCAUGCCAUGCCAGCCACAGACCUUUCAGCCAUUAUGCCCAGCCAGUUGAGGCCCGUUACAUAUCAAGACUUUGAAAAUGCUUUCUGCAAGAUUCAGCCUAGCAUAUCUCAAAAGGAGCUUGAUAUGUAUGUUGAAUGGAACAAAAUGUUUGGUUGCAGUCAGUGAUAACUUCCUUAGAAAAAAAAAAAUGUAAUGAAUGUUGGCACACACACAUAAAACCUGCUACAUAGGGAAUAGAGCCCCUUUCCAGUAGUGUUUAAAUUGCAAAGGGUACUGGGGAAGAUGACGAUUAAGUUGCAUCUUUAGAGUCAGGGUAGAUUUGGAGGAAAAGUGCAUCAAAUGAGAGCUUCUGAUUUGAAAGCCCCAGAUGACAGAAAGCAUAUGUGGAUGCUCAGUUCUGUUCAAGCUAGGCAACACUCACCAAGGAGCAAGGUGCAAGUGUGUUGAUUUCAGAAGGACAUGAACCUCGUGUGUUGAUUCCAUUCUGCUGUUCUCGAGAUUUAGUUGCUGUCAAGUGCCUGGAGUGGUGCUUUAUUUUUUGUUUGCCUCACAAUUACAUUGGUGGCAUGUGCUAAUAUAAAGAGCUUUAACUUCAAACAUUAUUGGACUAAAGAGAUGAACAGUUGUGUUAUGACAGAAAACCAGAUUUUUGCCAUUUUAAGAGCAACAGUAUUCCUCAAUCCUGUCUGUUCUGCAGUAUUAAGCUAAGAACAGGUAAAACAGGGUAACGGUAAUCUGGACCUUAAUUUCUGCAGUUCAUUUCUUUUAAUGUUCUUGUCUGCAAAAACUCAGGAAAGUGAUUGUGAUUUGUACAGUACCUCAAAGGAAUGUGUUGAAAGCACUAUGUACUGCUGAGAGUAAUAGGAUAGGCUUCAAUGUUACUUUAUAUUAAAAUGUAUGUUUACCUCAACAAUUGGAAAAUAGCAAGGAAAAUUACUUUGAAUGUAUCCAGAAAAAUACUGAAGUGUGAUACAACUGAAUAUUUACAGUUUAAAGUAGAAAUGGAAGGAUUUUUUAAGUUCUUUUACUAAUUAUGGGGAAUUAACCAGAGCAGAAUAAUUCUUUAUGUCAGUAACUGCAAGAGUUCUUAGUACAUUGCUCCUUGAUAAUUAAGUGAAAAUGUUCUUAAAAGGUACACUGGUUAAUUGAAAGCUACUUAUUCAGUUUGUGUUAGUGUCUAGACCUGUCAGCCACAAGACCUGUUUAGGACCCUGAAAGUCACAGUACCUAAAAACUAUGACUGCCUUUUUAUUGCAUAGGUGGUAGUGGUGGUGAUGGUGGUGGUAGUUUGCAAGUUAUCUCUUAAAACUGCUGGGAAUGGUGUCAUUCUAUUCACUAAUCUAGCUUAUAGACUUGCCGUGCUAUUUGAUAGAAUGCAGAGGAUAGCAACCAAAACAAAUACACAAAUAAAUAAAAACAAAUACCAACCAACCAACCAACUUACAUACAUACAUAUAUAUAUCCACAAAGAACCUCUCCAUCUCCUCCCCUUCUUUUUGACUCCACUCUUGUCAGUGCAAUUUUGCUUCUCAUUUUGAAAUCUGGGCUGUAGUGCUCCUGCUUUAUUUCUACCUCAGUUUUGUUACAUUUCUCUUGGAAAGUAAAGUAGAAAAUUGGAAGUGGACACACACACUGCAAUGUAGCUUGCCAAACAUGUUACUUUGUUUUCUUCCAUCUUUCACCGUAAAUCUAGUUUCCAAAGACAUCAGCAUUUGUGCUUACUUCCACCUCAGUCUACCAGCCCCACCCCUACCCAUGGCAUAAGUGGCAUUUUUCUUAAUUUCCUAUUUUUCUCCUGCUCUCUGUCAAGUUGUUCUUUGUAUCCUUUAAUGCUUUAUGUGCAACCUUUCAUUGAUAGUGGGCUGAUGUUUGGCAAUGCUUCUGAACUGUCACAGAGCAGGCUGUAGCUUUCCACAGCCACUGCCCAUGCAUAAGCAGAACAGCCUGGCCUUUUGAAUGUAUUUUCCUGGGUUUUUUCCCCUUUUCUUUUUUUAGUUUAGAGAUGCAGUAACAAAACUGUUGCAAAGCACUGGCAUUUUAUGUAUUCAAUAAAUAAGUGAUGUACAUUUUUAAAAAAAUUUAAAUAAAUGCAAUGAGAAGCCCCAAGAAAGGUCUUUCUGUUUUUUUUUCUUACAAAAAUUUUUACCGAUCUUAUCCACAAUAUCCAAUUCUCUGAAACACUUAACAUAGAGAAAGCUAAUGAGGGAUUUCUUAUCUCUGAAAUUUUAUGAUACUUGAUCUUUACUCCCCUUUUUUAUUUUUUAUGUUGCUAAAAACUGAGCAAUUGAACCAGAAUUUAAUUUACUAUGACAUUCUGUCAAUUAAAGCUGUGCUUAAAUAUAAAUAUUCCAUAUUAAAAAGCAGUGCCUUUCAUUAAGGAUACAAAAAAUAAUACUUAAAUACGCCCUCUGCUUUUCACAAGUGAAUAAAUGCUACAGUCGUGUUCUGGGUCUACCCUGUGCAUCCCUUGUAAGGAAAUUCUAAUAUCCACAUUAACUUGUAGGUUCAUAUUGAUCUCACUGACAAGUUUACUUUUGCACAGUGCUGACCUAUUUUCUGACUUUUAGACAUUACAUUUCAUUUCCGCCAACAUGCUGUGUUCACUUGAAAGCGUCUGGCAAGUUUUGACAAACCCAGUCUUAUUUAGACAACUUUGGAAAAUCCAAUAUUGACCCACAUUUUUUGUGGCUAGUAAGAUUUAAUGCCAAAUAUAUGACUGCACUAUUGUGUUUUUACACUCAUUUAUAACACUGAAAAUAAAUUGAAGUCAUACAUCUUGGCUUUUAGCUUUAAAUGACUUAAAAAUUAGAACUCUGAGUGACUUAAAAAUUAAUUUGAGAUACGAGUGGUCAAAAAUCCAUGUAUUUAGACAGAAGCUGAAGUCGUAUGUGAUUUUCAUUUAGCCUCACAAAAUCCAAGAUUUGUUCUCUUAGGAAAUUGGGCAUGUUGAAGAAAUGAAGAUCAGUUGGAGGAGAUAUGGCUGACCUUUGAGUAGAUAGUGCUCUCCUGUGAUUCUUUGAUUCUGCAUGGCAGCAUUAUGAGCUCUUCUAUAAACUAGCUUAAUAAUGAGCUCUAUUCUGACCAUCUAUUCUGGAACUUGGAGUGGGGGUGGGGUACCACAUCCUCAGAAGUGAAUGUGUACAGUCGGUGAUAGUACAACUGAGUAAUGGGGCUUCAUACUCUUGGCCUCUUUUUGACUGCUAAGAAUUUGGAGAAGGCUAUUAAUGAAGGUAAGGUAAUGAACCAGUCCAAAUCCCUCACUGUCUGGCUAAGAGAUUGAGCCAUUCCACUUUACAGCCCCUAAUUCCCUUCUUCCCAACUGCAGCAACAUUUCCAACAGGGACAAAAAGGAAGUGAAGGAAACCACUUCAGUAUUGGGAUCAAUAGAAAUUCAAGAGGUAGUUCAUAAUGACCUUAUAUGUGACACAAAUGGAAAUACCCUACACUUCUGGCAUGCUUCUCUCCCAAAUAUUUAGAACAUUAGUGACAAUAUGAAAAACUUUGCUGACUGAGCUGAUCAAUGGAAUGUGAAGGCAGUAUACUUUAAGGCUAUUUACUUUCACACAGAAUGUUUAUCUAUUAGUCAGUUUGUAUUCUACUCAAAUGCAGAUAGACGGGUAUAAUGUUUUCUUGUGCAUUUGAAACCUAUCAAGGAGAAAAUAAACCAUUCCACUAAAAUACAUAGGCCAAACACCAUCUGGGAAAGUGAUAAAAGCUAUCCAGAGGCUAUGCUAUGUAAAAUAGCAAGGUCAGUUUACAUGGGUUGCAUAGUACUUGGCUAUGCAGUUUUCAAAAGAACACAUCCAAAAAAAAAAAUCCAAAUUAGUUCCUAUAAUAGGUCUUUGUAAAUUUAAAUAUAUUUGUGGGUUGGAAAAUACGUUUUUAGAGACAUUUAGAAUUUCUUUCUCUAAAAAUGUAUCCAACUCCAAGCAGAAAGAGACUUCUGUACUCACGUUCUCAUGUUUCUUAGCAAGAAUUGGGUAGCAUGAUCAUUGAAUCUGUAUUUUGCAAAGUGAAAGGGACGCAGCUUGUUGAACUAUUGAGGCCACUAAAGUAAAGUUCUAAUAUAUAUAUAUAAAUAUAAAAUUAGUG